AAACGAAAAACGAAAACGAAAAACGAGGGAGAAGUGUAGAAAAAGCAGAGAACGGAAAUUUCAAGUCUUUGUUUGUGUGAAAGAUUUCAUUUCUUAUAUGGGACCUCUCUCUCACUCUUUCUUCCAUUAUCUCUCUAACACCACCCCAAAGCGUUCUACUUGUUUUUCUUUCUUCUCUCUCUAGAAACAAAAUCAAAUUUCAGGACUUCAACAAUUAUUCUUUAUUCUUUAUUUUUUUUGUUUAAGAGAGUGGUCCUGUAAAUCGGAAUCUCCUUCUGUUUGUUAUUCAAUCUGAUGAUGAUCUAAGUUCCUUUAAUGGUGUUACAAAAACACCCAUUUGGUUGUAAAAGCUGUAUUUUUUCUGUAAAGAUUUAUUCUUUGUUGAUGUUCUGGGGUUGCUUGGGAGCUAUGAAUUAUCUAUGAUGGGGAAAUAAAACAAUCUUGAAGGAGGAGUGAUUACAGGAUGUGGGUCUGAGGAAUGGGAACAAAAGUGCAGUCUAAAAGCUAUCUUCCAGGAUAUUACUCAAUGAGAGAUCUAAACGAUGAUUCUAGCAGUUGUAGCUGGCCACUUUAUUGCGGUGAUAAGACCUUGAUAAAUGGUCAGUAUUACAGUGGUUUUUUCCCGAGGGCCAUUGCAGAUGCAUAUCCUGGUUGUGAUAAGAAUGCUUUGAAGCGAAAGAUGCUUGAGCAUGAGGCAAUAUUCAGGACUCAGGUGUAUGAGCUUCAUCGCUUGUAUAGGACACAAAAGGACUUGAUGGAUGAAAUAAAAAAGAAAAAAUUACCAAAAAGUCAGGUUCCUGUUGGGCCAUCGUUUUCAUUUAGCCCGUUAGCUUCACAAAUUACAAACGAAGAUUCUCAUAAGUUGUGUAUCCUCAGCUUCCCUGUGGCAAACUCCAAUUGUGCUGGACCAUCUGUAUCUGGUGUUGAGCGUAGUCAUUCUCCCCUGAGUUUCGUGAAGGGAAACAGCAUCCAAGCUGGUUCCUUUCCGCCCCAAAAUGGAGAUAACUCGAAUGAUGUUGAGGUGGUAGAAUGCAGACCCGCAAAAGUGGGAAGGAAAACAUUUGAUCUUGAACUUCCUGCGGAUGAGUACAUUGAUACUGAAGAAGCAGCACAGUUCAAGGAUCACACAGCACCCGGUGAUGUUGGGAAGGCUGGUUGCUUAGGUGAUACUUCAAGAUCCAAUACAUAUUUGCGGGGAAAAAAUAGUUUGGUCGACUUGAAUGAACCUAUUCAGAUUGAAGAAACCAAUGGUUCUUCAUACUCUCACUGCCAAGAUCCCGAUUGUGGAGGCUGUGAACCAUCUGUGAAACCAAAGCAAGAGCUUCCCGGUUUGUCAAAAGAAAUUUCUAUCAACUCUCAUCGCCAAAGUGAUAAUUGGUCCAUGAAUAAUGUACAUGUUGAAAGCAAUGGAAAUGCUAGAGGAUUCUUUCCCCAUUUGCUUGAAGCAGAGCAUUGUAAAGCCAACUUAAUAUCCACUUCUCAAGGUUUUCAGUCCGAGAAGUUGCCUGUAUUGUCUCAGCAGUUAAAGGUUCUUUUUGACAAAGCUCAUGAUCCUCCAACUUUUUCGCUAACUGGUCAAAGCAAGGCAGAGCUCUCUAGAGAGACAACGGUUCACAGUUUAGAAGUUUCCGAAAGAAAUUGUGAAAUCUCCAAUAACAGUAAUCCAGGUUCAAUCAUGACUUCCGACGUACCCAGUUUGAAUCCAUUUACUUUUUCCGAUGCUGUAAAGCAAUGGUCUCAUUCGGUUUCUUCGUGGGAAAAGCCUUUCAGUCACCUGAAUUCGAUGUCACUUCAGACUCGCCCAUUUUUGAAUUCAUCUAGUUCUUUUAGUAAGAGUUCCAUGAUGGCACCGCAAAGCAAUGAAAUUUUCUGGGAGAAGUGGCAGGUGAGUCGCAAUUCUAAACUUAACCCUGGUUUUGGAGGUGAAUUGCCCAAUCGAAAUGGAUGUUAUAAUGGAUCAUCGUCCGGGUCCAAGGAACCUGCAAUUUGCUUCCCUUCCAUCAUUUAUGAUUACCCAAAAUGUAGUAAUGAUAGUAAGGGGGUCUUUGAGCACUUUACUCAUGAUUCAACUAAGCUAUACAACUGGCCAAAUAGUGUUAAUAUGAAGUCCAGAACUGAUAUGAAUUUGAAUGCGCUGCUUUCUAACGGUUCAUCUAUCGAACCGGUUUUGCAGCAAGGUCGUCAAAUAGAUGGAGGAAGAAAGCAUGAGGACCAUCUUCCAGGUCUGCCAUGGUUACGAGCCAAGCCUGCUUGUAAGAAUGAGGCCACUAGUGAAGGAAGGGAUUUCCCUGUUGUAGAGUUGAGCUUCUCUCAAUCUUCUACAAAGCAGUUGACCUUAAAAAAUGAGAUUAGAGAUGGUUUCAAUCAAAUUUUGACACGAAAUGUGAAAUCACUUCUGUUCUCUGAUAAUGCCAAUGCCAGCAGGAGUGAAAUAAGUGAAUUCCUGCGCAGUAAAAUGAUUCUAGGGACUCCUCUUUAUGAAAAAUGUUUUGUUUCUAAGAAUGAGUCUUCGUUGACCUCCCCAUUCGUAUCUGUUCCUGCACCAUUUGAAGGUGAAGCAGAAAAUAAGGAGAGAAAUAGGUUAAUUGAUAUUAACUUACCUUGUGAUGCAACGAUUCUCGAUGUAGGCCAAGACUCUGUUGCAGAGAACUCAGCCUUAGAGAAGGAAACAGAGAGAAAUUUAUCAAGUCGAAGACCUGAAAUUGAUUUGAACUCCUGUGUUGAUGAUAAUGAAGCUUCUUUUACACCCUCUGGUAGGAGCACUAGCAUGAAGAUGGCUGGGGGAAUAGAUUUGGAAUCUCCACCAGCUCCGGAGCUUGAGGAUGUUAUUCACGGAGAAGAAUUGCCAGAGAAGGCAUGUGAGUUACCUUUGCCAUCAGUACAAAACAAAGAUGACUGCUUGCAGGAUGAACUUAUUAAAAGCGCAGCUGAGGCAAUAGUUGCCAUCUCGUCAUAUGGUCUGUGCUGCCAUUUGGAUGAUGUCAAUCUCAAUCCGUCUGAGACUUCUGAGAUAGACACCCUUAAUUGGUUUUCUGAGACGAUUUCCUCUUUUGGCAAGGAUCUUGAGAGCAAGUUUGAGGCUAUUUCGAUAGUUAAAAUUGUGGAUCAAGAUGAAUCUAUUUUGGAAGAAAUUGAUUACUUUGAAUCUAUGAUUUUGGAAUUAGCAGAAACCAAGGAAGAGGAUUACAUGCCCAAACCUCUGGUUCCUGAAAACUUUAAAGGGGAAGAAACCGGAACUACCCCUUUGUUAACAACCCGAACACGGAAGGGCCAGGGAAGGCGAGGAAGGCAGUGGAGGGACUUCCGAAAGGACAUCCUUCCAGGCCUUGCUUCCCUAUCAAGGCACGAGGUAACAGAAGAUAUUCAAACAUUUGGAUGGCUUAUGAGAGCAAUGGGACAUUCAUGGCAAUCUGGACUGACAAAAAGAAAUGGCACCAGAAGCGGGCAUGGUAGGCGGAGGCGACUGUCAGUAGCUACUAACAACUCCUCUCCUGCUUCGGUAGCUGACACAACGUCCACGACAUUGGUGCAGCAGCUUAACGACAUCGAAGUGAGGUUGGAGGAUAGAAGCCUUACCAGAUGGGGGAAAACAACUAGACGGCCUCGCAGGCAGAGAUGCCUUGCAGGUAAUUCUCCACCUCUUGCCAAAACCUAGUAACAAAUACAGGCUUUUAAUGUAUUAAUUGAGAAUACUAUAGAGGGAACUAGUUCAUUGUGUAAGACACUAAUUUUUUAGUUCGCAUUUUUUUUUAUUAUUAUUAUU